AUGGGAACCCCAAAUCGGGCUAAAAAAACUGUACCAACAGGUAUACUUGAAAUAAAACUUUCAAGCAUUCAUGGUUUUGGAGUUUUUGCUUUAAAAAAAAUUCAAAAAGGCGUACGUAUGGGUCCUUAUGAAGGAAAUGUCACCAAAGUUGAAACUACUCAGGGAUAUGCGUGGAAAUUGAAAUACAGUCAGCUGAUUGAUGCUAGUGAUGAAAGCAAUUCCAAUUAUUUAAGAUACGUAAAUUGCGCAAAGAAUAUUGCACAACAAAAUGUUAUUGCUUUCCAAUAUAGAGGCCAAUUGUAUUAUAGAACAUGUAGGGAUAUUUUGGAGGGAGAAGAAUUAUUAGUGUACUAUGGUACUAGUUUUGCUAAAAACUUAGGUAUGUAAUUAUUUUUAUUCCGAGAAAUAUUAUUAAUUAUCUUUUUUCUUAUAGGCAUUAUUGCGGCGCUGGCGGGUAUGAAAUCUAC